CUAAUGUCACUUCCUUUCAAUGCCGUUGUCAACUCUAAACUGCGAGACACUUUUGUCUCAAAGCGGCAAAGCUAUGAAAUCACUCUGUGGGUUCAAAGAUUAAGGCUCAACUUCAGCAUUCACUUUGACUGGCUACAAACAACUCUUCCACUUUUGGUUAUGAUACCACUGGAUUUUACAGCAUCUAGGAAUAUGAGGAUCAAUAUAAAAAGGAUCUAUGCUCUGCGUCGCGACUCAGUUUCAACAGCAAGCAUUUAGUAUCAGUAGGUGCUCACUGCAGGUUCCCAUUUCCGGAGUGCGCCAUUUUGUGCACUUCCUUUUUUACGUUACCGCUUUUAAGUUUUCAGCAGGCCCCAGUCAUAUGACGCAGUGGAGCCCCUGGACCUGGAGGAGUUCUUGAUGUCACAGCUACGAAGUGGACACUCGGACCUCAUGCACGAACUUGGAGACUUUCCUGAGGAUGACCUGGAAGUGGAGCAGGUGGAGAAGGAGUGUCGCACUGUCAGAUUCUCUGUUCCUGAGGAUGGAGUGGAGUUGGAGCCCCAUGUCAGAGACUGCGUGAAGAGCUACAUCCAGCCAUGGCUUGUGGUUUCUCGGAGGUGCCAGGGGGAUGGCUGGGGCGCAUAUUCAGAGCGAGCUGGAUUACACAAACUCCUCCGGAAACAGACCUUCGAGUCCGAUGUCCAGCCAGAAAAGCAACUGAAACCAGUCAAGUCGCCAACUCUAGCUGGGCUGAGUGAUGACUCUGGCCGGACGCUGACCUCCUCUGACUUUAACCUUCGGUGUUUAACUCCGGACCAGCGAGUGGAGGGUCUGCUGGCCUUCAGCAGCCAUGAGGAGCUGGACCGUUUUAACCAGGAGGCACGGCAGGGAAACAGACACCCUGAGCUGUUUGCACUGUACCCACCAGCUGAUGAGGAAGAUGCAGUGGAGAUCCGGCCCAUUCCUGACUGCCCAAAAGAACACACUGGAGACCGCAUCCUGGUCCGAUGCCAGGCCAUCAAGUUUGAGAUUGACAUUGAGCCUGUAUUUGCCACAAUGGCCUUGUACGACCUGAAAGAGAAGAAAAAGAUAUCGGAGAACUUCUACUGUGAUCUGAAUUCAGAACAGUUUAAAAAUUUCUUGAAAACUCACACGCCGCAAGUGGAUCAGUCCACUCUGGCCAGAUCUGCCAUCUUCUCUGUCACCUACCCUUCCCCAGAUAUCUACCUGGUCAUCAAGAUUGAGAAGGUUCUCCAGCAGGGAGAGAUCAGUGACUGUGCUGACCCUUACAUGACACUGAGAGAAUCUGACUCUUCAAAGAACAAGGACAAGCUGGAGAAGCUGCGAGGCCAGGCGGAGGCUUUCUGCCACAGGCUUGGUCGCUAUCGCAUGCCUUUUGCUUGGGCGACUGUUAAUGUCAUGGAGGUCAUCUCAACUGCUGCGAUAGACCGUGAUGUCACAGACUCCGAUAGUUUAAGAGCUAAAUCCAGCAGCAUUGACCGGAAGACACAGCUACCCAGGAGGAACUCUGAGCGUUUCAGCACCAUCGAUGAUCAAUUUUGUAACAUUUCCUCCUUCAAACCUGCGACAAUCACUAUCAGCACCAUCUUCAAACAGGAAGGAGAUCGUUUGAGUGAUGAGGACUUACUCAAGUUUCUGGCUGAUAUCAAGAAAAACUCUACUCCACAGAGAAGAAUUAAGACAAUACCAGGUUCCAUAAAACUGGACAUGUCUCCGGUCAUCGAUACGCCGCUGGGAUGUUUGUCCACUGAGCUCAUCCCUCUCAUACCAGUGGCAGAGAAAAACAUUCGUCCUGUGAAAGAGGUGCUGGAGUUCCCAUCCAAUGAGGUUUAUGUCCCUCACACCGUUUACAGGAACCUCCUCUUCAUUUACCCUCAGAGGCUCAACUUUGUCAACAGACUGACAUCAGCGAGAAACAUCACGAUCAAAAUACAGUUUAUGAGCGGAGAAGACCCCAGCUCUUCCCUGCCCGUAAUUUUUGGGAAAUCAGGUGGCCCUGAAUUUUUGCACCAAGUCUACACUCCCGUUACCUACCAUAACAAGUCUCCAGACUUUUAUGAGGAGGUGAAGCUGGCUCUCCCAGCGUUCCUGACGGCGAAACAUCACUUGCUUUUCACUUUCUACCACAUCAGCUGCCAACAGAAGCAGAACCAAAGCAGCAGCUGUGAGACCCUCAUCGGAUACUCCUGGCUGCCCAUACUGCAUAAUGACCGGCUGCAGACCGGUCAAUUCUGUCUGCCCAUUGUCUUGGAUCGACUACCUGUCAACUAUUCACUGCACACACCUGAGAAACUUCCUCCUCAGGCUGCUUCAGUUAAGUGGAUGGAGGGUCAUAAAGGACUUUUCAACCUGGAGAUCCAGGCUGUGUCAUCUGUACACACACAGGACAACCACCUGGAGCGCUUCUUCACGCUUUGCCAUGCCUUGGAGGGCGGAGCUACAUUCCCUCUGCGCGUUCGAGAAGAGAAAAUUCCAGAGAACAAGCUGGAGCAUGAGCUGAAGCUCAGCAUUGUCUCCCUGUCCUCAUCUAGUUUAGAGCCUCUGGUGCUCUUCCUUCACCUGGUGUUGGAUAAACUCUUCACCCUCAUCAUGCAGCCCAUGGUCAUUGCUGGCCAGACCGCCAAUCUGGCACAGAUAGCCUUCGAAUCAGUGGUGUCCAUUGUCAACAGUCUUCAUAACAGCCAGGAGUUGAUCAGGGACCAGCAGGGGAGGAACAGCCUCUUGGCGACUUACCUUUACUGGGUGUUUCGUCUGCCUGACCCCCCUCAAGAUGUGCCUAAUGCAGGUUCAGUGGGUGUGACAACUUCGACAGAGAUUCGUUACAGCACCAUGGGUCGGGCCACAGCAGCCACAGUUGGGUCUAUGCUUCUCCAAUCCAGAAUCCGCAGCAGCAGCAAUCCUGACAUCCCUGGCCCUCACACCUCUGCUGAAGAUGCAGAGGUUAAAAACAUCUUCACUGCCAAGGGUCUCAACACCCCCGGCUGCCGCAUGUCCACCUAUGUGGAAGUAAACAACCACCAGAAUCUCGCAGGAAACACACGUCCCUCAAACAGAAAGCAAUUUCAUGAGGAGCUGGCCCUACAGAUGGUCGUCAGCACGGGGGUCUGCAGAGAGAAUGUGUAUAAAUAUGCCUGGUUCUUCUUUGAAUUACUGGUGAAAAGCAUGGCCCAACACGUGUCUUACCUGGACAAGCACAAUGUCCCUCGAAGAAAUCGCUUUUCUGACCGAUUUAAAGACGACCUGACCACCAUUGUUUCUGUGGUUACAGCAGAAAUCGGGACCAUCCUUGUCAAACAACAAAAGGAGGUAGAGCAAGCAGAGAAAGUCAACAUUAGCCUGGCCUUCUUCCUCUAUGACCUGUUGUCUCUCAUGGAUCGAGGAUUUGUUUUCCAGCUGGUGAAAAACUACUGCAACCAGAUGUCAGCUAAAAGUGUUUCCAUGCCGACAUUGAUCAGCAUGCGCCUGGAGUUCCUGCGAAUCUUGUGCAGUCAUGAGCACUACCUCAACCUGAGCCUCUUCUUCAGCAGCCCUGCCUCUGCCCCUGCCUCGCCAUGCCCAUCCAUCUCCUCACAGAACUCUGGUUCGUGUAGUUUCCAGGAGCAGCAGAGGAUCUUGGGACUGUUUGAGCUUUCUCAGGAUUUCAAGCAUCAGCACUACCUCACAGGUCUGCUGCUGACGGAGCUCAGUGCCGCCCUUGACAUGGAGUCGGAGGGGGGAAAAGUCCAGAGAAAGUCCAUCAAUGCCAUCUACAGCCUGCUGUGUUCUCAUGAUCUUGACCAUCGAUGUAUUAAACCUGAAGUUAGAGCCAAGGUGGCUACUCUCUACCUCCCCCUAGUGGGGAUUAUCAUCGACUCUACAAAUUAUCUGGAUUUCACUGUUUCUGACACACGUGGUGGGAAGAACAAGACAGGCGUACCUGAGGAUGACCUUGAAAAUGUCCCACCCAUCAAUCAGUCAGUUGCCUUGGCGAUCGCUGGGAACCCCUUCAACACACUGGGGCGGAAUGUCCUCGUUUCCAUGGCAUCCAUGCAAGGUAAAUCUGUAGCCACGCUGGCAGCCGACACCAGUCGCCACCUGUUGGUAUGUUUCCUGUGGGUGAUGAAGAACGCUGAGAAGAGUCUGAUUCAGCGCUGGACUAUAGAUAUGCCUCCUUCACAGCUCAACAAGCUGCUGGAGCUCCUCACCAUCUGUGUGUCCUGCUUUGAGUACAGGGGUAAACAGAGCAGUGACAAAGUGAGCACCCAGGCCUUACAGAAGUCCCAGCAGGCCAAGCUGCAGCUAGAAGAAGCCCUGCUGAGAGGCAUGGGCGCCCGUGGCGAAAUGAUGAAACGAGUUGGAGGAACAGAUAGGACUCUGCGUCAGAGAGAGAACCUGCGUUGGAGGAAAGACCUCACUCAGUGGAGACAGACCAAUGACCGACACGACAAGACUAAAGCAGAGUUGGAUCAGGAGGCUUUGAUUAGUGGAAACUUAGCCACAGAGACAAACCUCAUAGUACUGGACCUGCUGGAGACCAUCGUCCAGGCGUUGCCGUUGGCCGACUGCAAGGACAGCGUGGUUGGAGGGGUGUUGAAGGUGUUACUGCAUUCGCUUACCUGCAACCAGAGCACAUCUUUCCUCUCUCACACCUUCAGCACACUCAGAGCACUGGUUGUCAAGUUCGGGGACCUGUUGUUUGAGGAGGAGGCGGAGCAGUGUGCGGACCUGUGCCAGAAGGUGCUACAUUACUGCAGCAGCCCUGUUGAUGAGAACAGGAGUCAGGCCUGUGCCACCCUCUAUCUCAUCAUGAGAUACAGCUACAGCAAUGCCAGUAACUUCUCGAGAGUGAAGAUGCAGGUGACCAUGUCACUGGCCUCACUGGUGGGCAAGUCGUCAGACUUCCAGGACGAAUACUUGCGACGCUCACUGCGCACUAUCCUGGCAUAUGCAGGAGAGGACACUGAGAUGCAGAACACACAGUUGCCCUCACAGGUAGAUGAGCUCCUGAGAAACCUCAACAGUAUCUUGUCAGACACAGUGAAGAUGAGGGAGUUCCAGGAAGACCCUGAAAUGCUAAUGGACCUCAUGUACAGGAUAGCAAAGGGCUAUCAGACAUCUCCUGACCUUCGUCUGACCUGGCUGCAGAACAUGGCAGAGAAGCACAUAAACAGGAAGUGUUAUACUGAGUCUGCUAUGUGUCUGGUCCAUGCUGCAGCUCUGGUGGCUGAGUACCUCAGCAUGCUGGAGGAUCACAAGUACCUGCCUGUUGGGAGUGUCACAUUCCAGAACAUCUCCCCCAAUGUGCUGGAGGAGUCGGCCGUGUCGGACGACAUCCUGUCCCCAGACGAGGAUGGCGUGUGCUCGGGACGUUACUUCACAGAGAGCGGCCUGGUGGGACUGCUUGAGCAGGCUGCGGAGCUCUUCAGCAAUGGUGGUCUCUAUGAGGCAGUGAAUGAGGUCUACAAGAUCAUCAUACCGAUCCUUGAGGCUCACAGAGAUUUCAGAAAACUGUCGUCCACUCAUGACAAACUACAGAGAGCCUUUGACAACAUCAUUCAGAAGGGCCAUAAGAGGAUGUUUGGAACCUAUUUCCGGGUGGGUUUUUAUGGGGCCAAGUUAGGUGACCUGGACGAACGAGAAUUCAUUUACAAGGAGCCAGGGAUCACACAUCUGCCGGAGAUAUCACACAGGCUGGAGAACUUCUACAAUCAGUGUUUUGGAGAUGACACACUGGUGAUGAUCAAGGACUCUACACCUGUAGACAGAAAACAACUCAAUCCCAACAAGGCGUAUAUCCAAAUCACUUAUGUGGAGCCCUACUUUGAUGACUACGAGAUGAAAGACCGGCUGACAAACUUUGAGAAGAAUUUCAACCUGCGGCGCUUCAUGUACACCACACCCUUCACCAAAAGCGGACGCCCCCGGGGUGAACUGAAUGAGCAGUACAAGAGGAAGACCAUCCUCACCACGAUGCAUGCCUUCCCCUACAUCAAGACGCGCCUCAACGUCAUCCAGAAAGAGGAGUUUGACCUGACUCCUAUUGAAGUGGCCAUAGAAGACAUGCAGAAGAAGACCAGAGAGCUGGCUGUUGCCACUCACAGAGAACAGCCUGAUGCCAAGAUGUUACAGAUGCUGCUGCAAGGCUCUGUUGGAGCCACUGUUAACCAGGGCCCACUGGAGGUGGCCCAGGUCUUCCUGAAUGAGAUCCCAGCGGAUCCAAAGCUCUUCCGCCACCACAAUAAACUACGCCUGUGUUUCAAAGAGUUUAUAAUGAGGUGUGGCGAAGCAGUUGAGAAGAAUAAGCACUUGAUCACUUCUGACCAGAAGGAAUACCAACAGGAGCUAAAGAAAAACUAUAACCGCCUGAGAGAGAGCCUGAGGCCUAUGCUGGAGAGGAAGAUUCCUGAGCUCUAUAAACCCAUCAUCAGGCCUCGGCUAGAGAACAGGGAUUCCUUCAAACGUUUAAGUUUCCGCAGAGCUCAGGAGGAAAACUCCUGAGUUGCCGUAACUCAUCUGAGACACCGUGCUAUGAAGCGGGAUGGAGAGACUGUCACACACCUGAGAGAGGAAGAGAGAUGAUAAGAUAAAA